CACGAGAAAAAACCUUUAAACAAAACACACUGACUCCUACUACCUUUCAACCAGCCCGCGCAGUGUUAAAGUCCAUAAGCUUCAGAUCAGGCUUGCGGUGCGUCCAAGAAGUUUAUCGAUACGACGGUUAAUUUGCCGGCCUUCUAUUGGCUGUUUUCAUCAUGGAACUGACCGUCGGAAUCUGCGCAGCAGUUUUCAAAACCGACUACAAGGUGGCGUUCAAAGAGUCGCUGUCAGAAUCGCUUAGACACGUGCUGUCAAGCGGCAAAGACCGCAGCAACUACUACGACGUGGCACGGGACAGGACUACGGGCGGCGCAGGUCAAUACGGAACCGCUUACGAUGCGAUCGAUGGCCGCGACAAGAACUACUGGGACGUGCUGCAACGUCAAUUUAAAUGCUGCGGUGUUGACGGCCCGAAGGACUGGCCCGACAACAUUCGCCCGAUUUCCUGCUGUUUGGAUAAAUUCUGCUGGGGCGACACCGCCGUCUACCAUCAAGUGGGCUGCUACGACACUUUGGUCGAAAAGAUCCACAUGUCAACCAGUAUUCUCGUCUAUGUGGGCAUCGGGAUCGCAUUUGUUGAGAUUCUAGGGAUAUUUUUAACGUGUUGGCUGGCCAAUGCGAUCGAAAGCGACGAUGACGAAAUCAUCAAAAUACACAACGGCCAUCACGAGCAUCGCGAGCGCUCCGACACGCACAGUUCGGAGACGCCGAUCUGAGCGACUUUCCAUUGAAACGCGCCUGUAGAACGUGUGCGCACUCUGCGCGAACAUCGCAAGCGCACACUGCGCAAUGUUCGCGCACAGUACGGCACAUCCACACACACACACACACACAACAUGCGUGCUGUUUAUCUGGGAUGUUAGUGUCAAUGUCAAUGUCAAUGUCAUUGUAAUGUGUGACGUGUUUCGGUGCAAAACCAGUACAAAACCUGUUUCUUUUCCAGAUUAUAGGGAUUUUUAUAACGUGUUGGUUGGCCAACGCGAUUCGAAACGAUGACGACGAGAUCGUCAAAAUACACAACGGCCACCAUUUGCACACGCACUCCGAAACCUAAAAGGUAAAUUUGCACUGACAGUCCCCGCAAAAUGGCGUCCGUUUUGACGUUUCCUGUCAUACUUGGCUGUCAUACUAGUCAAAUCCGUUGCCCCAUAACCCCACUUUCAGCAGACAGUGGGUUUAUUUGGCAACCUGGCUCGUUUUGUGGGCUGUUUUCCCUCUUUUCUCCAGCUCCCGAAUCCCAAAAAACAAAUACAAGUUAGCACUGUAGGAAAUUAGUAUUAGAGGGGGAUUUUUCUGGAAAAAAUUGUUUUUUUUUGGGAAAAUCCUUGCGAUUCCAUCCAAGAACCAAAAUGUUGUUCACUUACUGAUCAUUAAAGCCCUGAAGACGCGCGUGCUUCAGAAUGUGACUUAAUAGUAUUGAGUGAAACUGUCCAAAUGGUACCAAUGUUGCCACGCUUCGCGCAAAGUAGGCAAUAGAUAUAUAUAAAUAUGUUUUUUGAAAUUUUGCCCAGUCCAGACUUACCGCUCUAGCGGUAAGUCCACGCAAGUUACCGCCGGUUGAUUUUUUAUAUUUUUUUCUAGUUUUAGGGUUUUAAUUGUCGAUUAAUAUUUUUUAUAACGUCGUCUUACCGAUAGUGUAUUCGCAUUUAGACUAAUUAGUUGGUUAAUUAAAUGUAGUUAUACCUAAUUAAUUAAUCGAUUCAAUUGCUGUAAUUAAUUAGACGUAAUUAAUUAAGAGUAAUUAAUUGGUUAAUUAACUGUAAUUAGCCGUAAGAAAAAUACGUAUUUUUAUUAUUUUAUUCGGUGAUGAUUUUUGUACAAAUUACGUUAAAUGAUUAUAUGACCACAACAUAUGAAGCAAUAGAGGAAAUGUGUAAUUUUCAGAUAUUUAUUGUCGCUUUUCUACUAGAUUUAAGACAUCUAAGUGUUCUGUAAAUAAAGGAAAUAAUAAAGACUCAUUAUCUGUUUG